AUGCUUGAAUGGUACAAGCCGAAGUACGAAGAAUUGCCGCUGUCUCCAAAAGUUGUUCUGGAAGUAAUGCGCCCUGAGACUUGGUCAGCUCUCUUGAGCUCAGCGACAGACACGACAGUGGCCCGGCACUUCUUCAGAGACGAUUAUGAAGAGACCAUACUGGAAGCCUUCCGAGAUAUUGUCUACCAGAUUCUGCCAUGGUUAAAAGCAGCUUCUAACGCUACAGUCGGUAUCUACAAGAAGGAAAGGGCCUACAAUGCCUCUAUUCUCUCGAAAGAUCUUAUGGGAAUCAUCUGGGACAUUUCAGCUAACCAAAUAAAUUUCUACAUCGUAUUUGAUGGGCUGGACGAGUUUCCGCAGUACAUGAAGCGGCUGAAACAUCUUCCACAACUCGUAGCGAAAGGUGUCAAGGUCGUUUUUCAAGUCGAGGACUCCUACCAUCGCGGCACACAUGACCAAUGCAAUGCGCUUAAAUGCACUCGUGGGACAAAAGAAUAUCGCAUCAUACGUCAAUUGACGACUUGA